AUGGACAAGUCCCUCAUGCCCAAGGCAUUCAAUAGCCACCAAAACUGGUACUCAUCCACUAUUGACUCCCUCAAAUUUACGAACCAACCUUCAUUAACCAGAAAUCCAUCAUCACCAUCUCUUGUAUACAUAUACGGUAAUGCUCUCCACGGUUUUAGUAUUGUUUUAUCUGUAGAUGAGUUAGAAGCUCUGAAGAAGUCUCGAGGGUUCAUCUCCGCUUAUCCUGAUAGUACUAUGAUGUUCGAUACCACCCAUACCCCUGAAUUUCUAUCCCUCAACCUCGCUUCUGAUCUGUUGCAUGCUUCAAACUACGGCCAAGAUGCGAUCAUCGGCGUCAUAGAUUCCGGUGUAUGGCCUGAAAGCCCAAGCUUCAAAGACGGUGAUAUAACUACUAAAGCUCCAACCAAGUGGAAGGGGUCGUGCAAGGGCGGACAAGACUUUAACUCCUCCAUGUGUAACAAAAAGCUUAUAGGAGCUAGAUAUUUCAACGCAGGUUUGAAAGCUGAACUAAAAGACUCGUUCCAUAGCGUGGACUCAGCUAGGGACUUUCUAGGGCAUGGGACUACAGUUUCCACCAUAGCUGCUGGGAAUUAUGUGGAAGGAGCAUCUUUCUUUGGUUAUGCUGAAGGAACUGCCAAAGGUGUUGCACCACAUGCAAGGGUGGCUAUUUACAAGGUCAGUUGGCUCGAGGGGAUUCGUGCCUUUGAUGUUAUUGCUGGUUUAGAACAAGCAAUUGUAGAUGGUGUCGAUGUGAUUUGUUUCUGUUUGACGUUUCCCGAAAGAAGGAAUCUUUAUGAAGACCCCUUGGCAAUAGCUUCAUUUGCUGCUAUGGAGAAGGGAAUUGUGGUUUCAACUGCAGCAGGAAAUUCAGGUCCACACUAUAAAAGCGUAAUGAAUGAUAUCCCAUGGGUCUUGACUGUUAGUACUGCAGGUACCAUUGACCGACAAAUUGGUGGAACUUUGAUUGUGGGGGAUGGGCUAAAAAUUAGUGGAUGGUCCAUGUUUUCGGGCACCAUGUUACAAAACAUGACACUACUGUAUAGCAAGACCUUAUCAACAUGCACAUCCACUAUAUUAUUAUCUAAAGCCCUAGAUGGCAUCGUCAUAUGUGAUAUUGGAAACAUCUACGAACAAAUUAGAGCUAUUGUCUCCACAAAUCUGUCGGCAGUUAUUCUUACAUCUCAACACCCCGAUAUAUUAGAUUUAUUAAAGGUGUCUUAUCCUUAUAUGGUGAUUGGACCAGAUGAGGGACAAUUUGUGGUCAAAUAUGGAAAAAAAUGUUGA